ACGUGACUGCUGCCUCCGGGUCGCCCGUGUCACAUGGCCCAUCCCGACCGGUCACGUGCCCCGCCAUUCCGGCUUCCGGAAGUGCGUCCUAGUGUUCUGUUUAUGUUCGCGGGGCCCUGGGAAACGUUCGGAUCGAAGCAGAUAAACGAAAGGAAAAAAAAGGCUCUGUCAGGCCGGAAGCGGCCGUCGGAGGCUGCGCCGAACUCAGCACCAAUUCCUCGGGGUGACAAGUAGGGGAAGAAUCGGCAGCUGGGCCCCGGCACUUGGUAGGUGCAUGGGAGAGGCCUCUCCGCGGCCCAGCGACAGGAAACCGGCUGGGAGCAAGUGCAGGACUAUAUGUUCCUUGGCGAAGAGUUUACCCACAAAGAGUCGCCAAGAUAGCUGGCCCAGGUAGAAAACGCAGAACCCCUGACCCAGACUCCGUUACAGACCCCGGGGGCCCUUCUGUUUCCACCAAGAGGCAGAAGAUGUCGCAGUCUGCCGAGGGCACCGGCCAGAGGAGAGGGACCCGCGGAAACGAAGAUGCCGUUAAUAAGAAGAAGCAGAAGGACAGAGUUAAUCAGGAGAGCAAAGAGAGCCGGGCGGCCGUCGUCAGCGAGCCCAAGAAAGAAAUGCUUAUUGACUGGAAGCAAAAUUCAGAUGAGGUUAUCGUGAAGCUGAAUACCGGGUCCGGAGCAUUAAACAUCGAAGACGUGGAUGCCGAGUUCACCGACACAGACUGCGUUAUCAACUUUCCAGAAGGGGGUCAAUGGAGCUGCUGCUUUCACGAAGAAAUCGAAGGCUCUUGUAGUAAAUUGCAGUAUAAAGAAAAAGGGAACUUCUUACAGCUUAUACUGCAGAAAAAAAUUCCACUGAACAAAUGGCCGUCUCUACAGAAGAAGAAAAAAGAUAUCUUGAAGGAACAGGUCAAGACCACUAUCCCAAAAAAGAAUGAGAAAUCUAAAGCAUCGUUAAGAUUAACGGAAAAAGCCUCUGAUCAGUCUGAGUCCGUGGAGACCCGCAGUAGUAAGCCGGAUCUCAGAAGCACAAGACGAGGCCAGGGCGAUUCAAGCGCGGGAGCGGAUAACAGCCAUGCGAGGAAAAACACGCCAUCGUCUGCCGGGCAAAGCGGGAUACAGGGGAGAAAAGGUGGACUUCACAGAUCCCCCGGUGCAGCGUCCGUAAGGGAAGCCAGUCCUCGGAGCCAGAAAACUGCCAGCUCCGAGGACGGCUCGAAGUGUGUUAAAGGUCAAAGCAAAAGGAUAGAUCGAAUCCACUGCGCGGACGCCCCAACGGCACAGAAACCCAUAGCUGCAAGUGUGGAACAACACAAUGCCAAAGGAGACCAGCCCUGUGUUUCAAAUGAGACAAAAAGGCACCUUUCAGAUCACAAGCUGCUGCUACAAUCGGCUAAAACGCCCGUGCAUCCGGUGUCUUCCUCUGCCACCGACAACUCUAUGCAGGUCGACCUGGAUGCUGGACUUGUCCAGCCAAGUGAAGAAGUCCCCACAGCGAACCCGGAAGAAGACCGCGAACAGCAGCCGGACCUUCCUAUAACUAACGAGCCGCUCGAGGAUAAAGAAGAAGUCGGUAAGACCUUCCCGAGACCGCCAUCGUUAACUACGACCCAUCAAUAUAUUCAUUCAGCGCACAGAGCGGAUUCUUCUAACGCGUUUAUUCUGGAGGAUUCAGCUGAAGAUCCGGAGCCGAUGGUGAACCUGACGUUUGUGAAAAAUGAUUUCUACGAGAAGGGUAACGACGUAGUGGUGGUCCACGUGUACGUGAAGGAGAUCUGCAAACAAACUUCUCGAGUGCUAUUUCGAGAACAGGAUUUCACCCUGGUCUUUCAGACAAGCGAUCCAAGUUUCCUGAGGCUCCAUCCCGGCUGCGGACCUGAUACUGUGUUUAGGUGGCAAGUGAAACUCCGGAACCUUAUAGAACCGGAUUUAUGCCGAUACAAUUUCACGGGCUCUCGGAUUGAUAUUUCCUUGCAGAAGAAACAGUGCCAGAGAUGGGGGGGAUUGGAGGCCCCCGCUGCACAAGGUGCAGUGGGUGGUGCGAAGGUGGCCAUGCCUUCAGGCCCUUCUCCCCUCGACAAAACCCAGCCUGGGAGUAAUCAGCAUCCUUUAUCCAACAAAGAGGAGGCCAGGGCAGUAGAGAAGGAGAAACCCCAGGAUACGACCCUGGAUAAGGUUUCAUCAAGAACAACUGCCGAACACGUGACUGUAAAAUCAGAGCAGCUCAUGGCAUCAGCUAAGCCAACGUGCAUGGUGCCUCCGAUGACGCACAGCUCUGUAAGCAGCGAGAGCGUCCAGGAAGAAGAGGAGAAACGAGUGUGUCUUCCGGGAUUUACCGGUCUGGUUAACCUGGGUAAUACCUGUUUCAUGAACAGCGUGAUACAGUCUCUUUCUAACACCCGGGAGCUGAGGGACUACUUCCAAGACCGUUCUUUUGAAUCGGACAUAAACUGCAACAAUCCGCUCGGAACCAAUGGCCGCCUAGCAGUUAGUUUUGCGGUGUUGUUAAGUGCCCUUUGGAAAGGGACUCAUCAUGCCUUUCAGCCAUCGAAACUCAAGGCGAUAGUUGCAAGCAAAGCGAGUCAGUUCACGGGUUACGCGCAGCACGAUGCCCAGGAGUUCAUGGCUUUUCUGCUCGAUGGACUCCAUGAAGAUCUAAACAGGAUUCAAAAUAAGCCAUACACCGAGACAGUGGAUUCGGACGGGAGACCCGACGAGGAAGUGGCAGACGAAGCUUGGCUACGACACAAGAUGAGGAACGACUCGUUUGUGGUGGAUUUGUUCCAAGGUCAAUACAAGUCUAAGCUGGUUUGCCCAGUCUGUGCUAAGGUCUCCAUUACUUUUGACCCUUUCCUGUAUCUGCCCGUUCCCCUACCCCAGAAGCAGAAGGUAUUAACCGUGUACUAUUUUGCCAAGGAACCUCACAAAAAACCCGUGAAGUUCUUGGUUAGUAUAAGUAAGGAAAACUCCUGCGCGGCUGAUGUUCUUGGAUCCAUCUCUCAAAGUGUCAGGGUGAAGACUGAAAAUCUGAGGUUGGCGGAGGUGGCGAAGAAUCGUUUCCACCGCAUAUUUAGACCGUCGUGCUCCUUGGACUCUGUCUCCCCCUCAGACUUGCUCUUCUGUUUCGAGCUGCUCUCCGUGGAACUGGCCAAGGAACGAGUGGUUGUGCUUCAAGUCCAGCAGCGACCCCAGGUAACCAACAUCCCAAUCACAAAGUGCGCAGCUUGCCAGAAGAAGCAGGUGUCGGAAGAAGAAAAGCUGAAGCGGUGUACUCGGUGCUACCGUGUGGGGUAUUGCAACCAGAACUGUCAGAAGUUGCACUGGCCUGACCAUAAAGCUGCCUGCCGACCAGAGAACAUCGGGUAUCCAUUCCUCAUCAGCGUCCCAGAGUCCCGGCUGACGUAUUCUCGCCUCACUCAGCUCCUAGAGGGCUACGCAAGGUAUUCUGUAAAUGUGUUCCAGCCACCGUUCCUCCAUGGAAGGACUUCUCCAGAUCACCCUCCUCAACCACUGAGUCCCGAGAAGCCGGAUUUAACGGCGCAAUCCAGCUUCACCUGCUCAGGAGAGGCCGGUGAGGAUAACAGAGACUGCCAGCCGCAGCCAGACCCCCGUGCUGCUCCACAAUCUCUUGCACUUCAUCCAAAUUCGGAAGAACCCGCUGCGGUCCAAGGAAAGACUGUGGAUAGACAUUCUCUGCAUAGCACAGACUCUGGUUUCUCUGAGCAUCCCGCAGAGACGCUGACAGAGACAGAGGGGGGUGAGAAGGAGACAUCAUAUGAAAAAUCACUAAAGCCUGAAGCUGCUGUCCCGGGUUACCAACAGUCGACAGAGUCCCCUAAUUCUAAUGCCUCCCAGUUCUACAUCAACCUUAUUGAUUCAUCCAACAAAGAAGUUAAGCUAGAAGAUAAAGGUGAUGCGCUGCUGGAUUUGAGUGAUGACUGCUCACUUGCUCUAGUCUGGAAGAACAACGAGCGAAUGAAGGAGUUCGUUCUAGUUGAGUCCAAGGACCUGGAGUAUGAAGAGGAUCCGGGAUCGGCCAGUGAAGCUGCUAGGGCUGGGCUCUUUACGCUGGAGCAAUGCCUCAAUCUUUUUACUAAGCCUGAGGUCUUGGCCCCCGAAGAAGCAUGGUACUGCCCCAAAUGUAACCAGCACAGAGAGGCGUCCAAACAGCUGAUGCUCUGGAGGCUCCCGAACAUUCUGAUCAUCCAGCUCAAGCGCUUCUCCUUCCGCACGUUUAUCUGGAGAGACAAGAUUAACGAUAUGGUGGAUUUCCCCGUCAGGAAUCUGGACUUAAGUACGUUUUGUAUCGGACAAAAAGAGGACCACCAGCAACCUAUUUAUGACCUCUAUGCUGUGAUUAAUCAUUACGGGGGUAUGAUUGGAGGACACUACACGGCUUACGCCAGGCUUCCCAAUGAUAAAAACAGCCAGCGCAGCGACGUGGGCUGGAGGUUGUUUGACGACAGUACGGUGACCACUGUAGAUGAGAGUCAGGUGGUGACCCGAUACGCGUACGUGCUCUUCUAUAGAAGACGCAACUCGCCUGUGGAGAGACCUACACGGGGACGUCCAACGGAUCGAAGAACUGAUACGGGGGCAUCCGCUGACGGCUCUGUGAGUCAGGGAGGGAGCCAGGUGGCUUUUGGACCCAACGUCGCCUCAGACGAUGCCCCCCCGAUGACGGCAGGAGCAGUUUCCGAUCUCUUCUCUCACCCCGCAGAGCCCGCAACCUCUUACAGCAACAUGGAGGACGUGGAUUAGCCGCAGCGCUGGAAGACAGGAAAAGCUCAUUGUUUUUGUCCUUAGAAUCGCACAUCUGGGACAUUUGUAAAUAUCUGUUUAAAAGCGUUUUGUUGAAUAUUUUUAUGCUUUUUUUUGUAUUUUGUUUUCUUUCCUAUGGGAUCUGCGGGAGGACGUCUUAAACCACCGUCCUUAUAGCUUUCACCCAUAUUAGGUUUUUGUUUUUUCUGCGCAACCAUAUCAGAAUUCCUCCCUAAUCUCUGCAGUGUCAGAGGUUGCCCAUCAAAGCCACUGUAUUCUCUUUAAGCACUGUAGGGGUUAAUGCACCCAUGCACCUUGUUUUAUGUUGUGGUUUGGACCCCCUCCUAAUGCACUCUGCUUGAAAAUAGUUAAUUUUGAUCGCCCAUGUGCUUGUCAUCCGUACGGCCUCCUAUCACUUACACUA